UGCGCCUGCGCAGAGAGCUCGAGCAGCUGCCGCGGCGCUGGCCAGCAUGCAUAAGCUUAAGUCAUCUCAGAAGGACAAGGUCCGCCAGUUCAUGUCAUGUACUCAGGCUAGCGAGAGAACUGCUAUCUACUGCUUAACACAGAAUGAAUGGAAACUAGACGAGGCCACGGACAGCUUCUUCCAAAACCCAGACGAUUUCCACCGAGAAUCCAUGAGGAACACUGUGGACCAGAAGAAGCUGGAGCAGCUGUAUGGCAGGUACAAAGACCCACAAGAUGAAAACAAAAUUGGAAUUGAUGGGAUUCAGCAGUUUUGUGAUGAUUUGAGCCUGGAUCCUGCCAGUAUUAGUGUUUUGGUCAUAGCAUGGAAGUUCAGAGCUGCCACUCAAUGUGAAUUUAGCAAAAAGGAAUUUAUAGAUGGCAUGACAGAGCUAGGGUGUGAUAGCACAGAAAAGCUGAGAGCUCUUCUUCCCAAACUGGAACAGGAGCUCAAGGACUCUGCGAAAUUCAAAGACUUUUAUCAGUUUACCUUUACCUUUGCUAAGAACCCUGGGCAGAAGGGCCUAGGAACAUCACAAGAGAUCCAUCCCAAGGGACACUUGGAACCUUCUGCUAGAUUUUGGAAACAUGAUUGCAGAUGAUAUGUCUAACUAUGAUGAAGAAGGAGCCUGGCCUGUCCUUAUAGAUGACUUUGUAGAAUAUGCACGGCCAGUUGUCACAGGUGGUAAGCACGGCCCUUUCUAGAUGGAAAAGUUGAAUGGAAAGUGAGAUGAAUGUUGUCUUUCAAGGAGACAACUGAGUCACAUUUGUCAGACUUCCAAAGUGCUCCUCGUCCAUUGGUGAACUUGGAAUCCUAUCUUGCUCCACAUCUGCAGUGGCUGACUUGUGGACACCGAGAAGCUCCUCAGAGGAUGGAUGCUUUGGGUUAGGGAUAUUUCAUCAGAUUGCUUUAGAAGACUCCUGCAUGACUUAAUGUUUACAGAAAGCAACGUAGAGCCUGUUUGCAGAGCUGCCAAGCAUGCUGUUCAAUUCAUGAAUUAAGGUGAGCAUCAGCAGUUACCAAAACUGCUGAAUCAUAUUGUAAUUAUGCUGAAAACAGUAUCUAUGCCCUUGAGAGGAUAUUAUAUUUUUAUACAGUCACAGCUGUUAAGAAUGUGCCCUAAUGAAAAUGGCCUUGUCAAAGACCCUAAUCUUUGUGCUAGGACUUCAAGAUUGAUAUAUUUUGAAUUAUCAAAUCUCUAGAUUUGCCAGAAGUUUUGCGUUUGUUUUCUCCAGAUAUUUUGAAAGUACUGAUACAGUCUAUACAGCCAUGGCAUGUGUAGGGUGAUUCCAGCAGUUUUAUUUCAAACUGUUUACAAACCAGUGGGCCCGUUUACUACUUUCAUAAGGUUAUUAUAUUAGGCCUGGAUGCUGCUCCUAAUAAGUUUUUUAUUUUUUUAAUAUAUUUUGUUAUAUUAAAAAACAUUUUUCCAUGAAAAAUAUUUCUGAGUGAUGAAUUAGACUUACAAAGCAACUGCAUUUAUUCCCUUCACCUGUCUAUAGUAUCUGAAGUACCCAGUAUCCAGCCUUUGGAUGGCCAUACACAUUUUAAAGCAAAAACAUACAUCACAGUUCAAAAAACAAAACACCUCAUACCCAGAACCUCCAUCUGAUUUAUAAGCACACUCUCUAUACCAUGUAACUAUAAUAUGUCACUGUGCUCUGUUACUAUCUGCUUUUCUGAUGUUUGCCUGGCCAAGACCCAUUCAUGCAUUCAGGUAUGGAAGACCUGGAUGCUGCCUGCUCUUCUGGUGUCAAGCUUUGAACAUCACUGUGCUGACCCUACCUCACAUUUAACAAGACUUGGUAUCACAAGUGUGCCUUGCUGCCCCACCUGCAACAUAGCAAUGAAGCAGAUAUACUGGGCCUGCUUCUGGAUAAUGGAGUGUUCAGUGCCUGUACACAGAACACAUGCCUCAGAUGUGCCAUUGGGGCAGCUUCGGAGAAUGGGACAUGAUCCAUAUUUAGAAAACAGCUCUGAAGUGUGUACACCUUGCUUCAGAAUGGAUUGUUACCACGAAUAGUAACCUCACAGAGGGAUGGAGCAUUGGAGCAAGAUUCCAGACUACACAGCCAACCCUUUCCUAUCUGGGAGGAAAUACCUAGUAGUUGGUAAAAGUGAGUCAUGUGACUUACCUCUGUUAUAGGUCCGUAAAAGGGAAAAGUGGGACAUCUCCUUUGAGCUUUGACUCAGAGAGCAUUAUUUAAUAUAACAAAGACUAGCUUUAAUAAAAACCUGGAAAACAAAGCAUCCUUACAGGCUUUGUGUAUGUUUGACAUGUAGUUAUCUUCUGUUCUGAGAUGUUUUAGAAUUCAGUACUACAAAUUAUGGAGGUCUGAAAAACGUUCUUUUUUUUUAAAUUCUAAAAGAUUAUCAGUAUCAAUCAAAUAGUAAUUGAACAGAGGCUCUUCAAAGAAUUGUGCAUUUUCCUUUUAUUAUUUAUACUCAAGUCAUGCAUGUUAUAAAGAUAGUAAGAGCAUCAGAAACAGUAAAUAAACUAUUUUCCCUGG